AUGCACCACGAGCGCCCCGACGUCAAGGCCGUCAGACUUGGGAGCAGGCUGAUGGGUGAUACGGGUUACUUCCACUGUCCUCCUGCAACAAAGACCCAACUGACUGCCCUCUCCUUCCCAGACCCGAUCAGCGUGGAUCCACCUGAGAUUUCCCCUCAGCUUCCACAGCUUCUGCAGGAACCUGUGAAUCUCCUCCACGUUGCUCCCUCGAAGGACGUUUUAAACGCAACACAAACCCUCUGGAUUGCUGCUGCUGCUUCUGCCGGCAAACCUGUGGAGCUGGAAGUGGAACUGAACCUGCGUGAGGACAUCCAGGCUGCUCUGCAAAGCCUUCAUCCCGUCACUCCCUCCAUCAGCACCAUCACUCUGUGGAUGGUCCUGUGCUGGAUGGGACUGUGCUGUGUGGAGAUCGCCAGAAUGGUCAGGUCAGGCUGUCCAGUCAUUCUGCUCCAUCUCUUCAGCAUCCUUGCACAGAUAGGAGCUCAAACUCAGGAUAUCCUUUAUCCGUAUGGACCUGGCCAUAGGGAUCUCGAAACCCCCAAGAUGGACGAUGGGAGUUCUUCUGAAAUCACGUUGCUUAUCCCCUUCAUUUUCUUCAACAUCCCCUACCGUUCCAUCUAUGUCAACAACAAUGGUGUGAUCUCCUUCCACGUGCAGGUUAGCCAGUUCACACCAGAGGCUUUUCCGCUGAGUGACAGCAGAUCAUUCAUUGCUCCACUUUGGGCAGAUGUGCACAACGGCAUCCGUGGAGACGUGUACUACCGAGAGUCCACCGAGCCGGAAAUACUGGAAAGGGCGACGCAAGAUGUCCGGAAGUACUUCAAAAACAUGCCCACCUUCACGGCCACCUGGGUCUUUAUUGCAACGUGGCACCAGGUCACCUUCUACGGAGGCAGCCAGACGACUCCGGUGAACACAUUCCAAACUGUACUCAUCUCAGAUGGCGUGGCGUUCUUCAGUAUGUUCAACUACGGAGAAAUCACAUGGAGCACAGGAACGGCCAGCGGUGGAGAUCCUCUGACAGGACUGGGUGGGACCACAGCUCAGUCAGGUUUUAAUGGCGGAGACAUUGGUCACUUCUUCAACCUGCCGGGGUCUCGCUCGAACGACGUGGUGAACAUUGAACAGACAACCAACGUGAACAUUCCUGGACGCUGGUUCUUCCGCGUAGACACUGAGCUGAUCGAUCCUGCCAACGGCUGCAGCUACAAUGGUCGGUACUACAGACGAGGGGAAAUCUUCUGGUUGUCCGACCAGUGCUCACAGCGAUGCCGCUGCCUGGACACCGAUAACGAAGUGCAGUGUUUGGAGGCUCCAUGUGGGCAGCUGGAGACCUGCGAGCAGCAGGAAGGAGCUUUUUACUGCCAGCCCACCCGCACCAGCACCUGUGUGGUGUUUGGAGACCCCCACUACCACACCUUCGACGGCUUCCUCUACCACUUCCAGGGCACCUGCUCCUACCUGCUGGCCCGGCCCUGCUGGGAGGUGGCCGGGCUGCCCUUUUUCAGUGUGGAGGCCAAAAACGAGAACCGUGGGGUGGCCUCUGUGUCCUGGCUUAGAGACGUCACUGUGGAGGUGUACGGCCACCGAGUCAUGUUACCCAAAGGCAGCUUGGGAACAGUCCAGGUGGAUGGCUUGAUGAAGACUUUGCCGGUCCAGCUGCAGCUCGGUGCUGUCAGGGUUUACCAGUCUGGGGUUGCUGUUGCUUUAGAAACAGACUUUGGACUGUUGGUAACCUACGACGGCCAACACUAUGCAUCCAUCUCUCUACCCAGCUCCUACUUCAACAACACCUGCGGCCUUUGCGGUAACUAUAACGACGACCCCGCCGACGAUCCCGUGCUGCCCGAUGGCUCUUUGGCAGAAAGCGUGGUGGAGCUGGGAGGCAGCUGGCGAGCCGAGGACACCGACUGGAGGUGCACGGAUGGCUGCGCUCAGAACUGCAGCGUGUGUGACCCGCUCACAGAAGCUUUCUACUUCCGCUCAGACUACUGCGGCCUCAUCAACAAAACUGAUGGACCUUUUAGGGACUGCAGAGCUGUGGUCGACCCCACGGCAUUUGUGUAUAGCUGCGUGUACGACAUGUGCAGCAACAGGGAUAACAUCACCACCCUGUGCCAGGCCAUCCAAGCGUACGCUCUGGCUUGUCAGGCUCUUGGUGUCACGAUACGACCCUGGAGAUCUCGUACCUUCUGUGCCCUGUCGUGUCCAGAGUUCAGCAGCUACCAGGUGUGCACUAGUGCCUGCCCGGCGUCCUGCUCGGACCUCACCGCUCCGCUGUACUGUGCUCAUCCCUGCACAGAGGGCUGCCAGUGCGACCCGGGCUACGUCCUCAGCGGCAGUCGCUGUGUGCAGCGCGACGACUGUGGCUGCGAGUACAACGGCCUCUACUACCCCCUUAAUGACACCUUCUGGGCCGGCCCCAGCGGCGAAGAAGGCGAAUGCACCCUCCGCUGCACCUGUGGGCCUGCCGGGGAAGUCUCCUGUUUCAACGAGUCCUGUAAAGAGGGCGAGGUGUGUGUGGCAGAGGUGGGCUUGCUGGGUUGCUACCCUCGGAGGGAGGGAGUGUGCUCAGUCACCCAGAACUCCGUGACAUCCUCCUUUGACGGCACCUUCCUGCUUUUCCCGGACGACAGCUCGUACUACCUGCUGAAGCUGUGCGCCCCGGUGCCGGCCAACGGCUCGAUGGUGGAGGUGAAGAUCGGCAGGCGGCUGGUGAACAAAGGUCCCGCUUGGAAAAGACCUGUGGUGGUUACGGUGGCUAACCUGGAGGCACAGAUGGGAGGGUUGGACUUUGACACAGUGAAGGUGAACGGUGAACUGGUGGCGCUCCCGUACGUCCAUCCAAUGGAGACAAUGAUGAUCUACAGAGCACCGGGCAACGCUACAGUGGUGGAGUCCCGUGGUCUGAUCCGCGUCCACUACACUCGUCAGGGAUUCCUCAACAUCUCCCUUUCUACCCUUUUCUACAACGUCACUUGCGGUCUGUGUGGCGUCUUUAACAGCAAUACCACCGAUGACCUUCGUCUACCUAACGGACGCUUGGCAGAAUCUACCGAACAGUUCACGGAGGGCUGGCGGUCCAUCGCUGACGAUCUCACCUGCAACGGGGACUGCGACGACCUGUAUCGCAUGUGCACAGACUUGCGUCUUUACCAGAGUCCUUGGAUGUGCGGCAACAUCAACGAUCCGGGGAAUAGCUCCUUUCUGGCGUGUCAUGCGGUGGUGAACCCGUCACCGUUCUUCAGGAACUGCUUGUACAACAUGUGCGUGAAGGAAGGGAACCGGUCGGCGCUGUGCUCUUCGCUGCAGGCUUAUGCCACCGCCUGUCAGGAUGCUCAAGUGGGCCUCGCUUCCUGGAGGAGCGCCACCAACUGCCCUCUUCCCUGCCCAGAGAACAGUCACUUUGACGAAUGCACCAGCGCCUGCCCUCUGACCUGCUCCAACCUGGACGAGCCGGAGGAGCCGUGUCCUCUGGCGUGUCAGGAGGGCUGCCAGUGCGAGGACGGCUUCGCGCUGCGUGACGGACUGUGUGUGGCUCGCAGCGACUGUGGCUGCCUGAGCCACGGCCGCCAGCUGGCCACCAAUCAGACUUUCUGGACGGACUGGGAGUGCCAGGAGCGCUGCUACUGCAACGGCUCCGACAACAGCGUGUACUGUCAGCUGGCGCCCUGUCACCCCGAGGAGUACUGCCAGGAGAGCGACGGCCUGUACUUCUGCCAGCCGCGCACUGAGGCCCUGUGUGUGGCUGCUGGUUACGGACAUUUUCUGCCGUUCGGCGGCGUGCCGUUUGAGCUGCAGAGCUCCUGUACUCUCAGGUUGGCCACCACCAGCUGUGGGAGGGAGAACAGGGACCACGCGAGUGGCACCUUCCCUCAAUUCAAACUGGCCGCUCGUAAUGAGGAAAGAGACACGGGCCAGGCCAUCUGGGUGAGGGGCUUUGUGUUGGAAGUCUAUGAGUAUGAAAUUGAGGUGUCACGAAGCUACAAAAACACUGUCACGGUGAAUAAGGAGCGUCUGUACCUCCCUCUGAAGCUCGGCCCGGGGAAGGUCAACAUCUUCACCUUGGGAAUGCAGCUCAUUCUGGAGACAGACUUUGGCCUGAAGGUGGCCUUUGACUGGAACACGCUCCUCCUGUUGACUUUGCCCCGCGACCUGUACAACACCUCGUGCGGCCUCUGCCAGGGCAUGCCCUUAUCCCCACCCACCCUCACCACCACCGACUGGGGCAUGUCCUGGGCGGAGAGGGACACCUUCUGCCAGGUGGGCUGCGGAGACUCGUGCCCGCGCUGUGGCCUCGGGGAGAAAAGCGGCCUGAGCGACGCGGUGAGGCUGUGCGGGCUGAUUGUGGAUCGAGGAGGCGUGUUUGCUCGCUGCCACAGCAAGGUGGCGCCAGCGUUCUUUUACCAGAGCUGCCUGCAGGACACCUGUCUGGACCAGGGGGCUCAGGAUACAAUCUGUAACUGGCUGCAGGUUUACGCCAGCACCUGUCAGACCCAAGGAGUGCCCGUUACGGGCUGGAGGAGUGACUCGCCGUGUGUCCAGAGCUGUCCACCCAACAGCCACUACUCCAGCUGCAUGUCGGUGUGCCCGCCCCAGUGCGCCCCCGCCCGCGGCCAGAGGGACUGCAGCCAGGACUGCGUGGAGGGCUGCCAGUGCGACCAGGGCUACGUGCUCAACGGCAAGAGCUGCAUCCUGCCUCAGAACUGCGGCUGCUACACUGACGGCAAGUACUACGAGCCCAAACAGCUGUUUUGGAACAGCGACUGCACCAAACGCUGCCAGUGCAUCGGUCGUAACCUGAUCCAGUGCGACCCGAGGCGCUGUAAGGCCGAGGAGGAGUGCGCUCUGCGCUACGGGGUCCGAGGCUGCUUCGCCCGGCGCUCCCAGCACUGCGUGGCAUCGGGCGGCGGCGUCUUCAGGACGUUCGACGGCGCGUCGCUGAGGCUGCCGGCCUCCUGCUCCUUCGUCUUGUCCACAAACUGCCACAAGCUGCCCGACCUCUCCUUCCAGCUCAUCGCUAACUUCGACAAGUGGAGCACGCCCAACCUCACCACCAUCUCUCACGUCUACCUCUACAUAAAUGAGGAGAACAUUCUCAUCUCUGGCAGCACCGUCAAGGUCAACGGCACGCCGGUAUCGGUGCCGUUUCUAACAGGCCUGAUGACACGUCUGUCCACGUCCGAAGGUUUCAUUGUCAUCGACACGCCGCAGGACAUCCAGGUCCGCUACAACCGCUUUAACACCCUGAGCAUCACAAUGGGUCAGCGGCUCCACAACAAGGUGUGUGGCCUUUGUGGGAAUUUCAACGGGGACCCCAGUGACGACUACAUCACCUCCAGGGGCAAGCCGGCUGUCAGCGCCCUGGAGCUGGCCCAGAGCUGGAAGACCAACGGUAUGCAGAACAGCUGCGACGAGACCCAAUACGUGGCUUUGGCUCAGUCCUGCGACAACUCGGCCGUCCUGGCUCUGCAGGGCGAAGACGCCUGCCAGAAGCUGACCCAGCUGAAGGGCUUCUUCCAGCCGUGCCACGGCCUGCUGGACCCCCGGCCCUUCUACCAGUCCUGCUACCUGGACGGCUGCUACAACCACCGCAAGGCUCAGGUCUGCGGCUCGCUGGCGGCCUACGCCGAGGCCUGCCGCUCCAUGGGCACCCUCACCACCAAGUGGAUCACCCAGGAGAACUGCUCAGAAUGGAUCUACGACCCCUGUGCAGGAGAGAUCUGCACAAACUUCACCUGUGAGCUGGAGAACGGAGGCGACCUGUGCGGCUGUCCCGAGCUGCCCACCAGCACCGGAGGCGACGACGACAUCAUCCAGGCGGAGGUGACCUGUAAACAUGCCCUGAUGGAGGUUUCCAUCUCCAAAUGCAAACUCUUCCAGCUGGGCUUCGAACGAGAAGACGUCCGGAUCAACGACGAGCGCUGCGCCGGCAUCGAGGGAGAGGACUUCAUCUCCUUCCACAUCAACAACACCAAGGGACACUGCGGCUCCAUCGUACAGUCGAACGGCACCCACAUCAUGUACAAGAACACUGUGUGGAUAGAGAGCGUGAACAACACCGGCAACGUCAUCACCAGAGACAAAACCAUCAACGUGGAGUUUUCCUGCGCUUACGAGCUCGACCUGAAGAUCUCGCUGGAGACUGUCCUCAAACCCAUGCUCAGCGUGAUAAACCUCACCUUACCGACCCAGGAGGGAAACUUCAUCACCAAGAUGGCUCUGUACAAGAACUCCUCGUACCGCCAUCCGUACAGGGAGGGCGAGGUGGUGCUCAGCACCCGGGACGUCCUCUUCGUCGGCGUCUUUGUGGAAGGAGCUGACGAAAACCAGCUCAUCCUCAUUGUAAAUAUGUGCUGGGCCACGCCGUCCCGCUACAGCAGCGACCGACUCCGAUAUAUCAUCAUAGAGCGAGGGUGCCCAAACAUCAAGGACAACACCAUCGGCAUGGCGGAGAACGGCGUCUCGCUCACCUGUCGCUUCCACGUCACCGUCUUCAAGUUCAUCGGGGAUUACGACGAGGUCCACCUGCACUGCGACGUCUCGCUGUGCGACUCCGAAACGAACGCCUGCAAAGUGAACUGUCCACACAAGAGGAGGAUGUACUCGGAGGACGGCGACCACAAAGAGCACAUACUGUCUGUGGGGCCGAUAAGACGGAGAGAGUCCGACUGGUGCGAGGACAACAACGGAGGCUGUGAGCAAAUCUGCACCAGUAAAGGCACUGGGCCCAUCUGCAGCUGCGUGACUGGGAUGCUGCAACGAGAUGGAAAAAGCUGCCGGACGGUGAGCUCCAGCUGCAGCCUCACUCCAGCGGUUCCUCUGCUGAGCGUCGCCGCCGUCGUCUCCUGGUUCCUGGCUCGUGCUCACGUUCUCCUCGUCUCCUAA